AUGUCGUCCUCCACGUUCAACUCUAUCCUCUCCUCCCUUCCACGUCGUCUAACGGACCUCGAGACCUUCCAGUUACCCAGGUUGGUAUCGUGUAAAGGCCCGUUGGACUUGCACAAGGAGCUUGUCGAUGAGAUGCGAGGUGAUUUGGAACGGGUCAAAUAUAAUCUGGAUUUGGCCAAAGAGAUGGUAUAUUCCUUACCAUCCCACGAACAAGAAGAUGCUCAGAGUAGAGUCCACGAGCUAGAACAGCAAUAUCUAUCUAUCAAGCGAUCCUUCCGCCAGGGAAUGUUGGAUUCCAAACGGAACAUUUUAUCUAAACGAUCGAGAGUACACGAGCUAUCAGAGAAGAGUAAUAAGAGGUACGAAUUGGAUGAAAGUAGGAUAGGAGAUGAGGAUAUACCAAAAGGUAAAGGAAAAGCUAGGAGUGCAGCUGAAUUUGGAAUGGGAGGAGACGACGAACUUCAAACAAAGACCAACGAAGUGACUGUAGCAUUGAGACGAACGACAGAAUUGAUGCAGACCGAGUUGGAGAAAUCUGUCUUAUCAAUUCAAACCUUAGAAUCAUCCACCCAAACUUUACUUUCCACUUCAUCCCUAUACGACCGAUACACCUCCCUCCUCGACCUCUCAGGCCAACUGGUAAAAGCAAUCGAAAAAGCAGAUUUCCUCGAUCGGAUCAUCAUCUUCUCUGCAUUAGGUUUGUUCUUCCUGGUCGUUGGAUUUAUCUUCAAACGACGUAUAUUGGAUAAGACUGUUGGAGUGGUCGUGGGAGGCGUAGGAAGGGGUGUGGGGUGGUAUCUUUUUGGAACGGGACGGUUGAUCAGAUAUGCUUUCAAAGGUAGACCGAACGCUAGUGGUUUGGUGGAUAUCGAGAAUGGUCUGGGUUCGAAAGAGAUUGAUCAGUUGUUGGAGAAUGGAGAAUAUAUCAAUGAGGAUUCAGCUAUCGGUGGACAAUCUCUCGAUUCUGAGAUUGGAAUGGACUUGGCUGAUCCUCCUAUGGAAGGGGCAAUACCAACCCAGGUAUAUGAUGCUAGUAAACCGCCUAGUGGGAAGAAUGGUAAAAUUGAGAUUAUACCUGACAAUGAAAAUAAUAGGAUUCAACCAAGUUGGGUGAAAGAUGAGUUGUGA